CUCGCGGUGUUACCAUCCAGACAUCUUGCAUUCGGUUGAGUCUGAUUUUACAGAAUUCGUUGUUUAACUGCAGACGAAAUCGAUAUAUAUUCGAGUGCCUCUGACCAUCUAGUCGAGAGCGGAUUUUGGAUGAGCGGCGGCUGGAGGGAGCCUCGCGUGCCAAGCCUGCGGUGUGUCGACGCUCUCUCUCCGGCUGCCUUGACGUAUUGUGCGUCAUCUCCACCGCUGCCGCCGUUUUGUUAUUUUGCUCCGUUGAGGAAACAUGGCAACUCCCGCCGCGGUCAACCCGUCCGAGAUGGGCAGUGAGUUGCCGGGUACUGUAGUGAUGCCAGGGGCAGUUGGGUCUGGCCCGGUGAGGAUGGGAGGAUCUGUGCCAGGCCGUGGUGGCAAAAGAAGAUCAGGCGGAAUGGACUUUGAUGACGAGGAUGGAGAGGGACCUAGCAAAUUUUCAAGAGAGAACCACAGUGAAAUUGAGCGACGCAGACGCAAUAAAAUGACGCAGUACAUCACUGAGUUGUCAGACAUGGUCCCUACCUGCAGUGCUCUGGCCCGCAAACCUGACAAAUUAACCAUUCUGCGCAUGGCGGUCUCUCAUAUGAAAUCAAUGCGGGGCACAGGGAACACAUCCACUGACGGGGCCUAUAAACCCUCGUUUCUCACUGAACAGGAACUGAAGCAUCUGAUCUUGGAAGCUGCGGAUGGCUUUCUCUUUGUAGUGGCUGCGGAGACAGGACGCGUAAUCUAUGUCUCUGAUUCUGUGACACCAGUGUUGAACCACCCCCAGUCUGAGUGGUUUGGCAGCACUCUGUAUGAACAAGUCCACCCAGACGAUGUUGACAAGCUAAGGGAACAGCUCAGUACCUCAGAAAAUUCCAUGACAGGACGUAUUCUCGACUUGAAGACAGGAACAGUGAAAAAGGAGGGGCAGCAAUCUUCCAUGAGAAUGUGUAUGGGCUCCAGGCGCUCCUUCAUCUGCCGUAUGAGGUGCGGCAGUGCUCCCCUGGAUCACAUCUCACUAAACCGUCUGUCUAAUAUGAGGAAGAGAUACAGGAAUGGCCUCGGACCAUCAAAAGAAGGGGAGGCUCAGUACUCUGUGGUUCAUUGCACUGGCUAUAUCAAAGCUUGGCCCCCUGCAGGUAUGACUGUACCAGAUGAGGACACAGAGGCAGGGCAGACUGGGAAAUACUGCCUUGUGGCCAUUGGAAGACUGCAGGUAACCAGCUCUCCAGUAUCUAUGGAUAUGAAUGGUCUGUCGGUACCCACAGAGUUCUUGUCCCGCCACAAUUCAGAUGGAGUCAUCACUUUUGUCGACCCACGCUGCAUCAACGUUAUUGGUUAUCAGCCUCAGGACCUGUUGGGGAAAGAUAUUCUGGAAUUUUGUCAUCCUGAGGACCAGAGUCAUCUGAGAGAAAGUUUUCAACAGGUGGUGAAGCUAAAAGGUCAGGUACUGUCUGUGAUGUACCGUUUCCGCAUGAAAAACAGAGAGUGGAUGUUGAUCCGAACCAGCAGCUUCACCUUCCAGAACCCCUACUCCGAUGAGAUUGAAUAUGUCAUCUGCACCAAUACCAACGUUAAGCAGCUUCAGCAGCAGCAGGCAGAGCUAGAGGUUCACCAGAGAGACGGUCUGACUGCUUACGAUCUUUCCCAGGUUCCUGUGGCGAGUGUGAGCAGUGGAGUACAUGAGGCAGGGAAGAGCAUCGACAAACCAGAAGCCCUUUUCUCCCAGGAGAGAGACCCACGCUUUGCUGAGAUGUACACCAGCAUCACCGGCUCGGGAGAUAAGAAGAUGAUGGUUCCCUCCUCGACAGCAGGAGGACAGCAGCUCUACUCCCAGAGUUCUCCAUUCCAGCAGGGGCACUCCGGAAAAAGCUUCAGUUCCUCUGUGAUCCAUGUCCCAGGUGUGAAUGACAUUCAACCAUCAGGUUCAUCCAAUCAGAAUCUAGCUCAGAUAUCAAGACAGCUCAACCCAGGUCAAGUCGCUUGGUCAGGAAAUCGACCCCCCUUCUCUGGCCAGUCCAGUAAAUCCCAGUCCAGUCCUUUUGGUAUUGGUACGGGCCACAGCUACCAGACCGAUCCUGCUUCCUACAGUCCUCUGUCAUCCCCAGCCACAUCAUCCCCCAGCGGCAAUGCCUACUCGGGGCUGACAAACCGCAGCACAGCUUUUGACGUGUCAGGAGAGAGCAGCCAGAGCGGAGCUCAGUUCCAGGGUCGACCUAGUGAAGUCUGGUCCCAGUGGCAGAACCAGCAUCACUCCCAGCAGGCUGGAGAGCAGCAUACACACCCCAACCCAAGCCAGACCGAAGUCUUUCAGGACAUGUUACCCAUGGCAGGAGAUCCCACUCAGGGAACAGCCAACUACAACAUUGAGGACUUUGCUGACCUUGGCAUGUUUCCACCAUUCUCCGAGUAACCCCACCAUCUCCUGUCAAUCUUCCUUUGCAAGGGAGGAACUGGACUGAUUUGGUUUGCAUUAAUAUCUCAUGUGGUGUCUCAUUUGCUCACAACUGAUGUGCAGCACAUCGAAUGUCAGGGUGCACACAUCAAGCACAUAUACUAACAUACAGUCCACUCAUGUUUUGUCUUACCGGUCUGCAGUAUAUAUCUGUGAAUAUACCUCAUCAUUGAAAGAGUCCUGUUCUCAGAUGGAGACUACUUCAGUCUCUUUGUCUGUCCCAGAAAUGGACAUUGUCGCACCAAAUAAAUGCAAAUGAAGUCUGCUGAGACAAGAAAUACAAAGCAUCGGUAUUACCAGAGGAGGUCAGCUGUUUGAUCAUAGCACAUAUAUACUUUUAAGGGACCUUUUACUCCACAGAUGUGGGGGAAAAUAAUUUUUACACCACCAUUUAUAGAAAAAUAUGUUGUCUCAAAAUUGUUGGCCUUUACAGCAUCUGCUAAUGGACCCAAUGCUGCAGUCUCUGCUGAGGAUUAGGCUUAAUACUAACAGUUUAAUUGCAUUUUUGAAUGCAUUUUCAAUUUAUCAUAUGCAUAACAGGCACAGCAUACUGAUCGUGUGGCAUAAUGACGGAUAAGAUGUGUACAGUAAUGACCGUUUAUCGCUGGGUUUACAUUCCAGAUCACCCCCGCAAUAAGCAAAAUCAGCAAAGUAUCAAACAAAUAUUUAUGGUGUUAUUUAUCGAUAUUGUGAAGUUUCGUGCAUACACUUCAUCACCAACAAACAAUACAGUAUAUGCAUGUGAGUUCCAUCCAUCCAUCGAUCCAUUUUCUACCGCUUUCUAUCGCUGGGGCAGUAGCUUUAGCUGGGACGCCCAGACUUCCCUCUCCCCAGCCACUUCAUCCUGCUCUUCUGGGGAGAUCCCGAGGCGUUCCCAGACCAGCUGAAAGAUGUAGUCUCUCCAGUGUGUCCUGGGUCGCCCCCGGGUUUUCCUACCGGUGGGACAUGCCCGGAACACCUCACCAGGGAGCUGUCCGUGAGGCAUCCGAAUCAGAUGCCCCAACCACCUCAUCUGCCUCCUUUCGAUGUGGAGGAGCAGCGGCUCUACUCUGAGAUCCUCCCGGAUGACCGAGCUUGUCACCCUCUAAGGGAGACACCCUACGGAGGAAACUCAUUUCGGCCGCUUGUAUCCGGGAUCUUGUUCUUUCGGUCACAACCCACAGCUCGUGACCAUAGGUGAGGGUAUGAACGUAGAUCGACCGGUAAAUCGAGAGCUUCGCCUUUCGGCUUAGCUCCUUCUUUACCACAACGGAUCGAUAAAAAGUCCGCAUCACUGCAGACGCUGCACCGAUCCGCCUGUUGAUCUCCCGUUCCAUUCUUCCCUCACUCGUGAACAAGACCCCAAGAUACUUGAACUACUCCACUUGGGGCAGGAUCUCAUCUCCGACCUGGAGAGGGCACGUCACCCUUUUCAGACUGAGGACCAUGGUCUCAGAUUUGGAGGUGCUGAUUCUCAUCCCAGGCGCUUCACACUUGGCUGCCAACUGCUCCAGUGAGAGUUGGAGAUCACGGCUUGAUGAAGCUAACAGAACCACAUCAUCUGCAAAAAGCAGAGAUACAAUACUGAGGCCACCAAACCGGACCCCCUCUACGCCUCAACUGCGCCUUGAAAUUCUGUCCAUAAAAGUUAUGAAAAGAAUCAGUGACAAAGGGAAGCCUUGGCGGUGUCCAACCCUCACCAGAAAUGAGUCCAACUUACUGCCGGAUAUGCGGACCAAACUCUGACUCCAGUCGUACAGGGACCGAACACCCCGUAUCAGGUGGUCCGGUAGCCCAUACUCCCGAAGCACCCUCCACAGGACUCCCCGAGGGACACGGUCGAACGCCUUCUCCAAGUCCACAAAACACAUUAGACUGGUUGGGCGAACUCCCAUGCACCCUCGAGGACCCUGGGUUCAAAUCCCGGCCCAACCUGUGUGGAGUUUGCAUGUUCUCCCUGUGCCUGCGUGGGUUUUCUCCCGGUACUCCGGUUUCCUCCUACAUCCCAAAAACGUGUGGGGGGUUGACUGAAGACUCUGAAUUGCCCGUCGGUGUGAAUGUGAGUGCAAAUGGUUGUUUGUUUAUAUGUGCCCUGCGAUUGGCUGGCGACCAGUUCAGGGUGUACCCCGCCUCUCGCCCGAAGAUAGCUGGGAUAGGCUCCAGCACACCCGCGAGCAGUACAGAAAAUGGAUGGAUGUAAAUAUACAUGUCAGUGGUGAUAUGGUUUACCUUCACUGGACACCACUGAUCUAUUGACUGCUAUGAGAUCAGAAACACCUGCGAUAACGCUUAUAAUAGGCUCUUCCAUGUCCAUUGCUCUAAAAAGAAAUGGUUUCAAUAUGUUAAAGGACUUCAAAAAGUAUGAAAAAUGGUCAAUAAUCACCAAGUCAUUUUUUCAUCAGCUGGAUAUCUGUUCAUAAAAUGAUUAUUUAUCUGUUCAUAAUAUAGGUAUUUAUAUGUUAAUAACUAGGUUAUCUAUGCAUAAACUGAUUAUCUCUAUGCAGUAAUCCCCCACUCCAUCGCAGGAGUUACUUUCCAGUUCACCCUGCAUGUUUUCAUAGCAUUUGCGGCACUUACAUUUUUUGAAAGGCCUUCAAAUACAUUUUAAAACAAUACCAACACAUAAGAGAGCGAGAGCAAUGGAUAACAACGGAGUAACACCUGUAAUAACACUUCACCAAAAAAAAUCUGCAAUAUAGCUGGACUGAUAUAGCGGGGGAUUACUGUAUCUGUAACAUAACUCCUGGUGGAUUCUGUGCCGACAGUGGAUAUAAAAAAAAAAGUCUACACACCCUUGUGCAAAUGCCAGUUUUUUUGGUUAAAAAAAACGAAAUGAGACCAAGAUAAUUUCAAAACCUUUUCACCAUUAUAUACAACCUGUACAACUCAAUUGAACACUUUUUAAUUUUUUUUUAGAAGGGAAGUAAAAAUAAACAACUCAGAUAAUGUGGGUGCACAUGGUCUCUUCGCAAUGAUUAAGUUAUUGUAAAGUGCGCAAAGAACUCUGAAAUUUGCAUGCAGCAUUUUCUUUGUUGGUUUGUGUUGGCCACAGGUCAAGCAUCCAUUCUCGUUUUGGAAAAUGUUAAGGCAGAAAAUGAUCAAUCUCCUCCGGUAACUGCGAUGACAUGUAUUAUAGAUAGAGACAAAGAGUGAUGAACAGGAUGUGAUUGUUAAAAAGUACACCUCCAUCUGCCUAAUGGAGGCCCUGGUACACCAUCACUGACUCUUGUCAGACAGAAGCAGGAGCAAUGGUGCUCAUCUCAUCACCUCAUCAACCUUACUUUGUAAAGUUCAGCUUUGUGUAGUGAUGUCCAUAACUCCAGUAAAAAAAUAAUAAUAAUAAUUAAAAACUUGUUAUAGAAGGAUUCUGUGUGUAAAUUAAACAGAUUUAAGAGGAAAACCUGUAAUGGCAGGCAGUUACUCAGCUAAGGCAUAAAGUGCACUUCAUAACUGCUAAUCUCACCAGCCUGCUUUAAAAGGGAAAACCGCAAUACUGUCCAAGCAAUUACAGUGUUUAGUUGUGUAUUUACUGUUCUUCAUCUUUCACUACUUGACUUACUUACUUUAUAAUCUUUUUGGAGUGUUAAGACUUAAUAGUACUUUGUAGUGUGGGAGCUUUUACAUGAUUGAUUGUAUGAUGUGGCUGACAGACAGAUGGGAGAACACACAUACAUACACACAUCAAUAUUUUUGCUUGAGCUCCCGAAUCAACACUUUUUGUAAAUAAUGUGAUUUUUAUGUCUGGGUGUUAUUUUCACACUGUUAAUUGUUUCAUGUGUUUAAUGUGGAUUCUUAAUAAUGUUGUGUGCAAUGUGAGUAAAUAUUUAACUAUUGGUAUUUAGUUAGUUAGUUGUACAUUGAGUUCUAGACCUGUAUAAACUGUAAAUGUGUCCUAUUAUUUUUGUGUAACACCGUGAAUUGUGACAAUAAAUUCUUAUUGGUUA